GUGACGCCUUUCACUUCCGGGUGAGCGCCAGCGGGCGCCAUAUUGUCUUGUCCGUGAAGACGAGGAGUGAUAGCGGGGGCAGCGCGGCCGCGGAGCGGCGGCAGCGGCGGCGGUGAGAGGCGGAGGAGCGCUUGAAAUAUAGACUAUAUAAAGACUUAAAAGAUGUGGGAUCAAGGUGGACAACCUUGGCAGCAAUGGCCUUUGAACCAACAGCAGUGGAUGCAGUCAUUUCAGCACCAGCAAGAUCCAAGCCAGAUUGACUGGGCUGCAUUAGCUCAAGCAUGGAUUGCUCAGCGAGAAGCCUCAGGGCAACAGAAUGUGGUGGAACAACAGGGAAUGAUGCCAAACGGACAGGAUAUUUCAGGAAUAGAGUCUGGUCCAAACAACCAUAAUAAUUUUCAGGGGGAUCCCAAUUUCAACAGAAUGUGGCAGCCAGAAUGGGGAAUGCCUCACCAACCCCCUCACCCACCUCCAGAUCAGCAGUGGAUGACUCCAACCCCCCCAGGUCAAAUGGAAAUUGUUCCUCCAUCGGAAGACAGCAACAGUCAGGACAGUGGGGAAUUUACUCCUGACAACAGGCAUAUGUUUAACCAGAACAAUCACAACUUUGGGGGACCUCCCGAUAACUUUGCAAUGGGGCCAGUGAACCAGUUUGACUAUCAGCAUGGGGCUGCUUUUGGUCCACCUCAGGGUGGAUUUCACCCACCUUAUUGGCAGCCAGGACCACCAGGGCCACCAGGUCCUCCAGCACCUCCUGCACCUACUCAGAAUCGAAGGGAAAGACCCUCAUUCAGAGAUCGACAGCGUUCACCUAUUGCGAUGCCUGUGAAGCAGGAGCCUCCCCAGAUUGAUGCUGUGAAGCGUAGAACUCUGCCUGCAUGGAUUCGUGAGGGCCUGGAAAAGAUGGAAAGAGAAAAACAGAAAAAAUUGGAAAAAGAGAGAAUGGAGCAGCAACGUUCACAGAUGUCUAAAAAAGAGAAAAAGGAAAGUGAGGAGGCUGAAGAAGCGGAUGGCCCACGGUUACCUCAGAGAAGUAAAUUUGACAGUGAUGAGGAAGAUGAAGAUGCUGAAAACACAGAAGCUGUAAGUGUUGGGAAAAUCAGCAGGAGUCCAUCCCCAGCUCCUCAAGAGGAGCAAAGUGAACCAGAAAUGACAGAAGAAGAAAAGGAGUAUCAAAUGAUGAUGCUGACAAAAAUGCUGCUGACAGAGAUUCUCUUAGAUGUCACAAAUGAAGAAAUCUAUUAUGUGGCCAAAGAUGUUCACCGUAAAGCAACUAAAGCUCCUGCAAAACAGCUGGCACAGUCCAGUGCACUGGCUUCCCUCACUGGACUCGGUGGACUGGGUGGUUAUGGAUCAGGAGACAGUGAAGAUGAGAGGAGUGACAGAGGCUCUGAAUCAUCUGAUACUGAUGAUGAGGAAUUACGACACAGAAUAAGGCAAAAACAGGAAGCGUUUUGGAGAAAAGAGAGAGAACAGCAACUACUACUAGAAAAACAGCUAGAAGAAGAAAAGCUACAAAAUGAAAAAGUUUCAAAAGAGAUGAAUGAAUUUAUCAACAAAGAACAGAACAGUAACUUAGCAUCACAGGAGGCAAAAGAAAUUGAAGCAGAUAUGGUUCAUGAAAAGAAGAGAUCUCCAAAUGCAAUCGCACCUGAUGUAGAACUCAAGAAAGAGGGUAAAGAGAGGACAGGAAGGAGUGGGUCUAGAAGCUCUAGCAGUGGUAGCAGCAGCAGCAAUAGCAGGAGCAGCAGCAGUAGCAGCACAGUAUCCAGUUCAUCGUAUAGCACUAGCUCAGGUAGUAGUCGCAGCACUUCACGUUCUUCCUCUCCCAAAAGGAAGAAGAGACACAGUCGCAGUAGGACGCCAUCACAUAAAGUUAGGCGCAGUAGAAGCAGGAGUUACUCCCACAGAAACAGGAGAGAGAGGAGUAGGAGCAGGGAGAAAGUAAGGGAAAGGAGAAGAUCUAGUAGAAAUCACAGUGCUGAAAGGGGGGAGAGGCGGAGAAAUCGGAGUCCUUCGAGAGAGAGAAGCUGGGAUAGACGUAGAAGCGGCAGCCGCUCAAGAGACCGGCGAGCCAACCGUGCGAGCCGCAGCAGGAGCAGGGACAGGCGUAAAGCUGAAGACCAGCGUAGAAGCCCUACUGGAAAUAGGCACAAACAUAAAAGUGAGGGUAAAGAUCAAGAAAGGAAGAAGGAGCAGGGUGGAGGUGUAGAUAAAGACAAAAAAAAGAACAGAGAAAGGGAGAGAGAUCAGGAAAAAAGAAAAGAUAAGCCCAAAAAAGAGGAAAAAGAAAGUAAGGCUGGCAAUCAUGAUGACAGUAGAUUAAAGAGAAAAAGAGACAGCGAAAGAACUUUCUCUCGCAGUGAUUCAAUAUGUGUGAAAAUAAUAAGACAGGAUUCCAGACAAGAAAGCAAAAAAAUUACUACCAAAGAUAGCAAAAAACGAUCAGGCUCUGAAUCUAGUGCAAGGAGUAGUUCUGAAUCACCAGGAAGCAGUAAAGAAAAGAAGGCUAAGAAAUCGAAGCAUAUUCGGUCAUGCUCCAUGGAGAAAUCUCAAAGGUCUGGUAAGAAGGCAAGCCGCAAACACAAGUCUAAGUCACGAUCAAGAUCAACAACUCCUCUUCGUCGUAAACGCUGAGGAAUUUAUGGCACCAGUGCUAUGACGUUUAAAAAUUCCAUGAGUUAUAAAAGGCUUGUCUCAUUAUAGAGGCACAUUGUGGCUAUGUAGGUGAAACCAGAAUCCUUUUUUUAAUUUGUAAAUAGGUGUAUUUUUUCCAAAUGCUGCUCAGAAUAAUAGGAUUUCUUUGUAUUACAUUUUUUCAAGAACGGUAGUGCUUAUUAAGACUAUAAAACAGGCCAUUCUCUUUCAGCUGUAAUGUUCUUAAAAUUACUAUUGAAUGUACUGUGAUGUCAAUAAAGCUCUUUAGUUCAUUUUUUUGUUUAAAA